AUGACAGAUAGUAGAGGUCAGAAUAAUUCAAGUGACCCUCCUGGCCGAUUUUCCAACAACAAAAACUUCACAUCAGAUCCUUCAUCUUUCAAUUCACAAAACUUCAAACCAGAAUUAGCUUCACUGAAUAGCUCCAUACCAAUGCAAACUCAAGCAAAUUACUCUAUUCCUAAUCAGGAUUUCUCAUAUCAAUUUGGCACCAACCUGCAAUCUCAACAAUUGCAGUUGAAUCAAGUGGGGGUAAAUUUAUUUCAACCUUACGAGGCUUCACAGUUCCCAUCACAUACUUUCUUCACUCCUCAACAGCAACAGCAACAGCAACAGCAACAGCAGCAGCAGCAGCAGCAGCAGCAACAACAGCAGCAACACCGACUUGUACUAUCGAAUCAAAGUUACCAUUUGCAGACUCAGUCAUUCACUCAAACACCUGAUUUGUAUACCAACGGUAUAGAAUCGAAUGUACAUGCUCAAGAUGUAAAAGGUGCUGCCUCUCAUACUCAAGUUAUUGCACUGAAUGUGUCUUGGAGCUCUCCCCACCAACGCUUGGGCAUGCAAGAUGCAAAGAGAGACUCUUCGAUUCCACUUUUCAGACCAGGUUAUUCAUCUCAAUUCGGCGCAACGGCGCUACAACCAUCAGAAGUACCAACAAUGGGGUCAACAACAACAGCAACAACAACAACAACAUCAUCAUCAACAUCAUCAUCAACAACCUCACAUGUAUUGUCCUCCUCCCUGCUACAUGGAACAAAUAUGCCCCAUUCUUCUCAGGCGAUAGGUCGGGAUGGAUACCAACCGUCGCUCCUACCACCACAACUCGGUGCGUCAUCGUUGGAGUCAACAUCAGACAAUGGCUACGCGUCAGGAUUGUCGCCAUCCUCGUCAACAACAUCAACGACUCCAAUAGUACUACCACACCCACCACGAGCACCAUCCGAAACCAGAAAGCCACAGCCCAAGAAUCUGUCUGUCCUGCGUGAAAUGACCCCAGCAACCGCCUUCCGCAAUCGGUGUCAAAUAUGCAACAAGCAGUUUAAGCGUCCUUCAUCACUACAAACGCAUCUUUAUUCACAUACGGGUGAAAAGAUUUUCACGUGUCCGUGGCACGGAUGUGGAAAACUGUUUAGUGUCAAGUCAAACAUGACGAGACACUAUCGAUUACAUGAACGGGAUCAUAAACGGGCUCUAGAGUUGGGUCUGGGUCUUCACUGUGCGAGCUCGGAGAUAGUGCGGGCGUUGGGGAUAUCGUCAAAUUCAAAUACUCUACGACAAUACUUUCAGCCUGUAUUGCUGCAAAAUCGGGAAGAACACCAUCUAAAACAGCAACAGCAUCAACAACUAAAACAACAGAAUCUACCACAGCAGCAGCUUGAACCGCAACAGUAUGUACAGUUACAUCAAUAUCUGCAACAACAUUUGCAACCACAAUAUUAUCAGCCAGGUUUAACCACCUUGGUGACACCUCAAAUUCAACCGGCAAACCUAAGUCAUCAAGAUGCUUUGGGCCAGUCGUCUCACCACUAUCAAACUUACCCGUCAGUUCCAUCUCAGAAUGCUACUUUCGCGCAAGCUGCAUAUACACACAAUCCAUUAGUUGUUGAUGGAAGUGUGCAAAAUGAGCACAUGGAGGCAUCGGACAUACAACAAUCACCAGCACAAACUAUAAAAUCUAGACUACCUUAG